GUGGUUUCUUCUCGUCCUCCAUUUUCUUCGCCCAUGGGCUCUCUCGCAGCGAUGUUGCCGACCUCUUUGUCCGCAAGUCAGACCAUGUGCGGUGUCCAACAAAGUCGUUCAGACGCCGCGCCGCGGUCGUUCCUGUCUUCUGGCCAUGACAACACCGGCGCGGUUCCCGUUGCGGGUGUCUUUGCGUCGGAUCCCGUUCAUCGAACAGAAGAGAGACGUUCGCCGAUCGAAGCAGUGCAGCCGACAUCAUGCACUCCGGUUUCCACCAACCGUGCACGCGAUGUUCUUUCGCCGUCUAAUGAUAGCGAGGCUGGGAUGAGUUUCUCACCUUGGCCGCCCCGUACGAGGUCUAGUACACCUCGUGAAGGCAAGCCUCGCUGGGUGCGAUGCAGACUCGAUCAACAAAAUCGCCUGGGUGAGAUUGCAAAGGCGAUGGGAAAGAAGUUGUCGACUCGCACUCGUGGCUCCAAAGAUAAGAAGAAAAAUCAUUGUUCGUACGAGGACGUGUUCGAUGAGCUCCUAGAGUGGAGUUCCGUUCACAUUGAUGAACUGAUAUCAAAGUACGACCCCGGCGAGCAAUCGUAUGCCCAUGGGGGUUCAUGCGGACAAGGAUCGGAUGCAACGACGACACCAAAGUCGCGAGGUGGUAGACCUCGCAGUGACGUUUUGAAAUGGCGCGACGGUUCCCGACAGUGGCUGCAACACGUCGAACGGGUUACGAAAAAGAGCUUCGACAAGGUCAUCGCGCGAUUGCGCAGUUCGAACGAUCCGGUCGUCGUUUUGGUGGAUGGGCGUUACGAUUCGUCUCGUGACGCUCAGCAUUGUACGGUAACGGCGGUGGAUUUGAAGUCAGGAAUGAUCGUGGGAACGGAGACCAUGCUCUGGGGGAGCGAGUCGUCGUGGAAGCUGAAAACACAGUGUGUGGAGAAACUGCUUCAUCGGUUGAAGGACGAGAAGAACCUCAUAAUCGCAGAGGUUGUGCAUGAUGAUUGUGGCGCGGUUGACGUCAUAUUGCGGCGAAUGAACAUUGACUCGCAAAAGUGUAUGUGGCAUAAGGCGAAGACUUUGGUCAAACGCUUGCGAGAGGCUGUGCGCGGCACGAAGACUGUCAAACCAGCUGUGGUCAGGGUUUGCGAGCAUGUGCGCGAGGUGAAGUGUUUCACAAAAAAGGAGCUCGAACUUUGGCUCGAAAUGAAAUGUGUACGCGUGGCAGGGGUGUCCACGAAAAAAAAUAAUGAACUCGUUGAGAUUGUUUGGGGUGUGUUCUUCCCCGACGAAGCAGGGAAGGCGUUGCCAGAUGAUGUCGUCGAGAUCGACGCGUUGCAAACACUGCAUUGCGAUGCGGCGGAGGAGGCAAAGGAGUGGUUGUACGACGCUUGCAGGCUGCGCGAGCGUGCAAGGGAUGACGAUGACGAUGUGUUGGCCACUCAUGUGCAACACCUCGCCAAUCAUUGGGCCGGGGAUCAUUCCCGUUGCGAUAAGGAGUUGUCAAACCUGUACAAAGCGGGCGGUGAUCCGGACAGAGAGUCAUUGUACGAGGCUGGGGGACGUGUUCAUUUGGCCAUCGCGCGGUGUCUUGAACAGUUCGCUUCUAAUACGAAGAUGACGUACUACACACGUGCGAGGAUGACCUUCAACGACAAGUGCUUCCACUCCGUGAUCAACAAGUACUGCACGAAACGCCUGAACUUCCCCAACUCGUAUGAGGCGCGCUGUGACGAAAGCCCAGUCCCGCACGUCCUUUCGCGAACACUGACGCCCUAUCUGCAGUGGUUGGCUUGUCUUGAAGAGCAGGGAGGGAACAACAACCCGCCAUCGCAAGAAGAGUACCUGAACCCGCGAAGGAUAAUUGACAUCUCCUUCUUCCAGCCUCCCACGAUCUCCGAAGAUGAAGUAUUAGCGUUGGAGGAGGAAGAAGAGGAGGAGGAAGAAGAAGAGGAAGAAGAAGAGGAGGAAGAAGAAGAGGAAGAAGAAGAGGAGGAAGAAGAAGAGGAAGAAGAAGAGGAGGGAGAAGAAGAGGAAGAAGAAGAGGAGGAAGAAGAAGAAACCCCCGAAGAAGGGAAUGACGUAGCAGCAAAUGGCGUAGUAGCAAAUGGAUUGGUAGCAAAUGGACUGCCAGCAGAUGACGUAGCAGAAGAUGACCUGGCAGCAGAUGACAUAGCAGCAAAUGGCUUGGCAGCAAAUGGCUUGGCAGCAAAUGGUACAGCUCGGCAUUUCCUAGAAUACGAAAGCCGGGGGCGCGACUUCGGUCUCAGCUUUCCGCAGUACCAGACCGCGUUGGGACUGGUCCACGUGGACGAAGAUGCCCUGCCACGUGGCCUCGAGAUCCCGACGGAAAUAUGUUGCUGUCCCACCUCCAUUCUCAUGGCCAUGUCGGGACCCCUUGACUCGGAAAAUGGCACCUCAGCCGCGGUUCCUGCCGCAGCCAUGGAUGCCGGUGUCGUCAACGACAAUGCAGGCCUCACCGACAUCACCGGUCUCUCGAGCGACGCGCCACAACCUCCGGCAGCAACGUCCGGCAAGUGGAACCGCGGCAGUGGAACCAUGGCAGUGGAACCAUGGCAGUGGAACCAUAGCAGUGGAACCAUGGCUGUGGAAACCCUUCGCGGCAGUGGAACAACGGUAAAGGAACCAUGGAUGUGGAAACCCUUUGCAGCAGUGGAACCAUGGCAGUGGAAUCCUUCGCGGCAGUGGAACCCCCGGAGUAAAGGUAUCGCCUUUCGUGGAGGCGGUGGCCUUCUUCAACCAGGGAGUCGUGCGAUGGACUCCAAUCGGCGGACAGUGGGAGGCGAGGGUGCUUUCGGCGGUGGUCGUGACAUGCAGGACGGGCAUUUGCACGCACGGCCUCUGUCGUGCGGCCCAGCGACAACGAGCAUGCCCCUUUUCAACGGUGGUCGCCAAUGUGCUUCGCCGGCUGGACGUGCGUGUUUUCGUGCAACGGCGCCCAUGCAGUCGUCCGCGUUCCAUGGAGCAUACGGCGGGCAGUUCAGUGAGCACAUGCACGUCGGUCCAGUGCAUGGAGGUCCGCCGGCAGGGGAGUUGCACCAGCUGGACUCGUAUGGUGUUGGUGACCAUGUUGUGCACAGACAUCAGCCUUCCGACGUGUAUGGAGGAAUGUCGUGUGCACAAGGUCCGACCGGCGGUGCAGGUUUCGGCAUGCCGUCACUGUCCGCACAGUCCAUGGGCAUGGGUGGCAGGCCAUGGUCUCCACAAUGUGGGCAGAACCCGGGGCGAUUGUUUGGGGCGAGGGUUUCCCCGUCUCCAGCAGUCGGUGAUGAUGGAGAGAGUACCUGGACCCGGCCGGACCCGAGGCCGAUGUCCCCUGACACGCGCAUGGACCCGCCUCACGAUGACGGUGCCGGCGGUUCUGAAGCAGGUGACGAUGACGGCGUUGCGGAGCAAGGAAGUGUCGUUCCCAUUCGCUAUCAAAACGAUGUGCUCAACAGUGGUGGAGCGGGCGAGGCGGGUAACGGACGGCCUGCGAAUGCUCGUCCGCCGGCCCUGAAGAAACAAAACGUACCAUGGACGUUGGAUGAGUGGAUAAAGCUCGCGAUGUUGAUGGGUGAGGAUGAUGCCCUCAUGGCAGAUGCCCACGGGCAACACCGUUUCAAGCAGAGGAAGGAGCGGUAUGUUUGGGUGAACGAUAGGAUGAAGGAGGCCGGGUUCAAACAUAGGAGCGCUGAGGACUGCAGGAAGAAAUGGUCGAACAUGCUGCAGACGGCGAAGCUCAUCGUCGAGAAAUGUGAAGCAUCUGGCCAGCCGUCGUAUUGGGAUCUGUCGUUGGAGGAGCGAAAGGAGAAGAAUCUCCCACUGUCCUUUGAGAAGGCAUUGUGGGACGCUAUGCAAUGGCAACUAGAUCGGCCGUCGAUGAAGUGCGACAAAACAUUGGCUUCGGAGAACCUAAUGGGGGGGGGGGGGGGAAGCGCAUCGAUGAGCGGUGGAUCGGAGGAGAGGUGUGCUGACGAGCCGGACAGUGCUGCAAAGAUUCGGCAAACGGAGAAGGGGAAGGCGAGGAGGGAGGAGGCGAGUACCAUUGCCACGCCGUUGAGCAGGGCCAUGGAGGAUUCCACUCGGUCUUACUGCGAUGGCCUCGACAAAGCGGCCAGUAGCCUGGCGAAAGCCACCGCAAACGCCGGCUCUGCAAUUGCCAGUCGGAUAGGAGACGUGGCCGAAGCGAUGCGCGGUGGUAACAGUGUCCUCGAGUUGCUGGUGGGGGGGGUGAUGGUUUAUGAAAUGCGCCAUGAACGGGAUGGCCUGUGGCAUCGGCACUUCGACUUCGCGGACGGCGUCACACGACGGUUCCGUUUCUACGAGGUGGACGUUGAUGGGAUCCCGACGAUGAAAAUGGAGGUCGGCCUCGGGUUCUUCGGGAAUCUCCUCGUUCAUGUUUUCAUCCACAUCACGAAGGGGAAAUCGUCCUGCUCUACGUCUCCACCCUGGCUGACGUUUUUGCGGAGCGCCUGGAUCCGGUGCCGUUUUGGCGUUGCAUCCUGGAACCCCCAUUGGUUGGCAGGCCGUAUCUGCAUGGGGAGAUACGAUGAUGAUGAUGAUGAUGAUGAUGAUGAUGAUGACGAUGAUGAUGAUGAUGAUGAUGAUGAUGACGAUGAUGAUGAUGAUGAUGAUGACGAUGAUGAUGAUGAUGAUGAUGAUGAUGAUGAUGACGACGAUGACGAUGAAGACGACGAUUGUGACGACGAUGAUUGUCACGAGGACACAGUUGAUGGUGACAUAAGUGACGAUGACGAUGACGAUGAUGAUGACGAUGACGAUGAUGAUGACGAUGAUGAUGAUGACGAUGAUGAUGAUGAUGAUGAUGAUGACGAUGAUGAUGAUGUUGAUGAUGAUGAUGAUGAUGAUGAUGAUGACGAUGAUGAUGAUGAUGAUGAUGAUGAGGAUGAGGAUGAGGAUGAUGAUGUCGUCCACAUGGGUCACAACAGGGCGCCCAUCCUCCAUCCACGUCAGCAGCAAUCAAGGAGGAUGGUGCAGAUCUUCUUCUUGGAGACGAGCAGCAAAGCACACACGACGUCACAGGUGAGCAUUAUGAUUUUGCUCGUGGACUUCAAUGAUCAGGAAGCAGAGAUUCAAAAACCCUUGUUUGAGGAGCUUUUCUUCUCAAGGGGGGUUCUUCCGAGAGGCAGUGUGGCAGAGUACUACGAUGUCGCCAGCCUCGGUAAAGUUUCCUUGGACGGGGAAGUCCACGGGUGGUUCCGAAUGCCAGAGAGCUACGCGUCGUACACAAAUGGAGCAGCCGGCCUCGGCGCGUACCCGGCAAACUCACAGAAGCUGGUUGAAGAUGCUGUGAAGGUGGCGUUGGAAAGUGGUGUCCCCUUUGGACCUGAAUUGAGUUUUGCAAACGCUGGAUUUGUCGACGGCCUGGUUGUCAUCCAUGCUGGCGAGGCUGCAGAGUUGCAGUACGAUCGGGCGGAGCAGGUGCAGAACGUUUGGUCCCACUCCUGGAUCAUCUCUAGCCCACUGCCUGCUACAGACCUUCUGUCUGUGUACAAAUAUGCGAUGGUGAGCGAGUACUCCACCGUUGGGAUUUGUGCGCAUGAGGUUGGGCACCUCGUCUUUGGCUGGGAAGAUUUUUAUGACGCCGGCGGUGUGCAAGGUGGUCAAUACUGGGAUGGGAGCAGGGCAUGGGACCUAAUGGGAAGUGGAUGCUGGAACGGGAGAAAUGCGGAUUGCCCUGCGUUGCCAGCCGUGCUGCACCGGUUAGAGCAAAACUGGAUUGAGGUGGAAGAGGUAAGCUCCACCGUGCGAAAACUUGUGAUCCCCCCCCAUUCUCCAACGUUCAGCAAGACAGUCAAAGUUGUAUCUCCUGUAUAUGGACCUAAUCAGUUCCUGCUCCUAGAGACAAGGAGCAUGAAGAAGGGCACCAUUUACGAUUCUGCGCUCAAUGGCGAGGGUCUCUUGGUCUGGAAGGUGGAUCUCGACCAAGGUCAGACCUCCAGCCGCACACUACAAUUCAGUCCGGAUACCCCUCGAAUGAGGCUUGUGGAGGCAGACGGGAGGGGAAGCUUGCUGGCGCUCGGCAAUUACAACAGCAGCACCAGUGGUGACCCAUUCCCAGGGUCAACACGACGGACCACGCUCGACGACAACCUUGGUCUCGUUUCCACAUCCUUCCCGGGCGGCGCAGCUGCCGGGGUCGAGUUGCAGAAUAUUUCCUACAAUGGAAGGAACGGGAAUGUGACGCUCGAUGUUGUUUUCCUUGAAAAAGGUAUGAUGCUGCAGCAGGCGACAGGGGGUGACAGUGUCGAUGCUACAACAGAUGCGACAACACCUUCGCAGGACGAAGCUGUGAAGCGCCUGGGCAAUCGAGGCGCCGGUGAGGUAGAAGACGAUAGCAUUCCUACGCAGUUGCAUGUCGCGAUGCAAGAGAACAGCGCGGAGGUUCAGAUCUCGAACAAGAAUCCGGCAGGCGCCCUUGCGAGGGUUCGGAUAGGAAUGGUGGGACUGGUGGCUGCUGUGGAGAUCGAGGCGAUGAUAUCACACAGGCGCAGCAAGGACCUCCACAUGCAGCUCGUCUCCCCGGGAGGCAAACCGGUCAGGAUAUAUCACCAUGGGCAUGCAGCGGGAGGAUCGAUCGCAUCGACCAGCGUAAGUUCUGAUCAGUUCAAGCUCUCAGUCAGUGACCCGCAGGUGUUCAAGCCUCUGAUCGGCGUACAAGCAUCGGGAACAUGGGGGCUCCGAGUGUGUGAUACACGCGGUGGUUGGGGUGAUGGUCGGCUGAAGAUGUGGCGUAUCGUAUUGACGUUAGUGGACAGCAUACGCAGUGUUAGCGAAACGGUGAUUGCGAAAGCGAUCAUCCUGGAAGGGGUGGGGAUAACGAGCUCCAUUGACAUCAAACAGAAAGGGCACGUCAAAGAGGUCGGCAUUGAAGUGGGUAUCAGCCACACAGUCGCAACGCACAUUCACGCGGAGCUGAUGGCACCCUCCGGUGCGAUUGUGUUGCUGUCCGGAAAGCUGGUGAACGGAAAGAGUGGAUCAAUGCUCCUUGGCGCCGACUCUGCAAAUGACUUACAGCUGGCUCCGAUGAUCGGCACGUCAAUCUGUGGCCCUUGGACCUUGAGGUUAACUGACAUUCUCGGUGAAGGGACCAGCACACUGGACGCAUGGAACCUAAACAUUCAGUACGUACCACUGCUACCCACCCGUGAGGCUGUUGGUCUUCAAACCGCAGGUUGAUGUCAACAACGAGUAAUCCUAUGGCGGUUGUCCUCCGUAAAAGUACUACUUUCAGGAGCAUCAACAUCAAGUCGGAGCGUACUAAGAUCUUAACAGAGUGUGAAUGCCUGCAACUUGGAGCGUAAGAUCUUAACAUAGUGCGAAUGCCUGCAGCUUCGAGCGUAAGAUCUUAUUAACCCACCACUACCUCUGAGCCUCUUUUGCCCUGAGGCGGAGCGUGGUGUUUUUGUUUUCUUAUGGCUGCCAGCCUUUGUGGUCCGGUCCCGUGGCGCCCAGCCUCCUCCGCCGGCCUCCGAAGAAUGCGGUACAGGACCUACAGGUUACUUUUAAGACUUAGCCUCCCAGCCUGAAAGGUAGUGGUGGAAACAUACUACCGCGUCUUCACCCGAAUCGAAACGCCUGGAUAUUAUAGCUGUAUUUCGCACAACUUUCAGCUCAGAGACGGCGAUAAUUACCGGGCGUUAUAUUCGGGUAAAGACGGUAGUGCGAAUCCCUGCAACUUAAGAUCGUAACAUAGUGCGAAUGCCGGCAAUCAUCUGUUCCUCAAGAAGACAUAAGAAUGACUGAAGACAGUGAAGAGCACAACGAGCACCAUGACCUCGUUACGCUUAAAAGAAUGGCUCAGAUGUGACUUCCAACAUGAUGAGGAUGAUGGCUAGCUAUGGUGGUAGUUGCAACUCAAGUGCGAAUGCCGGCAAUCAUCUGUUCCUCAAGAAGACAUAAGAAUGACUGAAGACAGUGAAGAGCACAACGAGCACCAUGACCUCGUUACGCUUAAAAGAAUGGCUCAGAUGUGACUUCCAACAUGAUGAGGAUGAUGGCUAGCUAUGGUGGUAGUUGGUAACAUAGUGCGAAUGCCGGCAAUCAUCUGUUCCUCAAGAAGACAUAAGAAUGACUGAAGACAGUGAAGAGCACAACGAGCACCAUGACCUCGUUACGCUUAAAAGAAUGGCUCAGAUGUGACUUCCAACAUGAUGAGGAUGAUGGCUAGCUAUGGUGGUAGUUGCAACUCAUCUGCAAUGAGCAGCAGAGCUCGAAUGGUGGAUGCCGCACAGACUAGUCAUGGCUGUGCGUGGCUGUUGGACUGGUGCAUACACUUGGCGGCUGACAAGGUAUGAAUGAGUCCGUAUGACCGAUUCAUUCCUUCUGGAAGAUCAGUGAAGGCGGCAAAAUACAAUUUUUACUCAUGAAUAGGAUCAGGACGCGAUAAUCAUCGAUAUGAUGGAUCGGAAUCAGCGUGCUAUUUGGUUGGUUGUGUCCAUUCAACCUGUGAAUCUGACAGGGGAUUGGGUCCUAUACAGGAGGAGUAGAUAGGAUUAGUGAACAAGAAGCACAUAGGUCGUUUACGCUGACCGUUGGAAAGCGCUAUAUAGGAGGAAUAGGUGCUACAAGGAAGCAGAUAGGUAGACCAUUGUGACUAUAGAGAAGCAUGGCUUAGCAGCCCCCCUUUGUCUAUAUCAUGGCCUUAGCAUCAUUGGCAUCCUGCAAUACCUCAGCCUAUGGACGACACUAUUCUCUUCUCCUUCUCCUUCUCCUUCUCCUUCUCCUUCUCCUUCUCCUUCUCCUUCUCCUUCUUUUUCUUCUUCUUCUUCUUAGGAGGAAUAGGUACUACGAGGGGAGCAAGAGGUGGAUCAAUGUGACUAUUGAGAGCUGUAGGUGAGCAUCCCCUCUGUCUAUAUCCUGGCCUUAGCAUCAUUGGCAUCCUGCAG